GGUGAGCAGGAAUCUCCCAGAAUGCCCCGUGGAGACCGGAGCGGUUGCGGAUGGAUGCUGCUGCCUCCGGACUGCUCUGAUUAGCCGGUUAGCAUCGCUGCAGCGCGCGCUGACAUUUAAAGCCCCAGCCAGGCGCGUGUAGAGGCGGAGAGCGGAGCGCGCGCCACUGCACAAGUGCUCGGUUUUACCGGCCAGCGACGGUAAACCGUGAAAGACCUCCACUUGGACCGGACAGCAGGGUAGGGGGUCCACUGCGUGGACAGAGCAUGGACCCCCUGACCGCCGAAACGUGUGCGAAGGAUGAGUGGAGUGAGUCACUGAGCGGCCGGCUCGGAGCGAGCGGCGGGGAGGCGAGCGAGCAGCAGCCGCGCUGUGAGAGGGACGAGGCGGCCGCUGCAGAGGAGGCUCUGGAGGAAAAAAUGAAAGGUCUGGCUUUCAGGAAACAGAUUUCAUACAGGAAAGCCAUAUCUCGCUCAGGCCUGCAGCACCUGGCCUCAGUCCAGAAGCCUCUCCCUGCUGUGACCAACGGACCAGCCAAGGAGCUGCGUGCCACCAUCGACUGGAGUGAGAACGCAGUAAAUGGGGAGCACCUGUGGCUGGAGACCAACUGCUCUGGAGAGAUGUGUUACCUGGGCGAGGAGACAUGCAUGGUGAAGAUUGCAAAGUCAGCUCCCCGAAAGAAAUGUGCAGCGUGUAAGAUCGUCGUUCACACAGCCUGCAUCGAGCAACUGGACAAGAUCAAUUUCCGCUGUAAGCCUACGUUUAGGGAAGGAAGCUCUCGAAGCAUCCGAGAUAACGUGUUAAGGCAUCACUGGGUCCAUCGACGACGACAAGAUGGAAAAUGCCGCCAGUGUGGCAAGAGUUUCCAGCAGAAGUUCUUCCACAGUAAGGAGAUUAUUGCCAUCAGCUGCUCAUGGUGCAAGCAGGCUUUCCACAACAAGGUCACGUGUUUCAUGCUGCAACAGAUUGAGGAACCUUGCUCUCUGGGCGCUCACGCUGGAGUUAUUGUACCUCCCUCUUGGAUUAUUAAAGUCAGGAAGCCACAGAGCUCGUUCAAAAACUCCACACGAAGGAAAAAACGGACCUCUUUCAAACGAAGAACCAGCAAAAAGGGCACAGAUGAGGCAAAAUGGCGGCCAUUUAUGCUGAAGCCUGUGCCUUCGCCACUAAUGAAGCCUGUGCUGGUGUUCGUUAACCCUAAGAGUGGGGGAAAUCAGGGGAACAAGUUGCUGCAGAUGUUCAUGUGGAUACUGAAUCCUCGGCAGGUGUUUGAUCUCUCCCAGGGAGGGCCAAGAGAAGGGUUGGAGUUGUACAGGAAAAUGCCAAAUCUUCGCAUCCUUGCCUGUGGCGGUGACGGGACGGUGGGCUGGAUCCUCUCUGUGUUGGACGAAUUGCAGAUGAGCCCACAACCUCCUGUUGCUGUUCUUCCUCUUGGCACAGGAAAUGACCUCGCCAGGACACUCAACUGGGGAGGAGGUUACACAGAUGAGCCGGUGUCUAAGAUCCUGUGCCAUGUGGAGGAUGGUACCGUUGUCCAGCUUGACCGUUGGAAUCUGCAAGUGGAGCGUUCACCUGCACAGCCCGAGGAGGGCACCCAAAAGCUUCCUCUGAACGUGUUCAAUAACUACUUCAGCCUUGGCUUUGAUGCUCAUGUCACCCUCGAGUUCCAUGAAUCUAGAGAGGCCAACCCUGAGAAAUUCAACAGCCGCUUCCGCAACAAGAUGUUCUAUGCAGGGGCUGCCUUUUCCGACUUCCUACAGAGGAGCUCCAGGGACCUGUCCAAGCACGUCAGAGUGGUGUGUGAUGGUACAGAUCUCACAGCCAAAAUCCAGGAGCUGAAGUUCCAGUGCAUUGUCUUCUUAAACAUUCCCAGGUACUGUGCAGGGACCAUGCCCUGGGGUAACACAGGUGACCACAGAGACUUCGAACCUCAGCGGCACGAUGACGGCUGUAUCGAGGUCAUCGGCUUUACUAUGGCCUCCCUGGCGGCGCUGCAGGUUGGAGGUCAUGGUGAGCGACUACAUCAGUGCAGAGAAGUGAUUCUCACCACCUACAAAACGGUGCCCGUGCAGGUGGAUGGAGAGCCAUGUCGCCUGGCACCAUCUACACUCCGUAUCUCACUCCGUAACCAAGCCAACAUGGUGCAGAAGAGCAAGAGACGCACAUCUGUUCCACUGCUCAAUGACCCUCACGCAGUGCCUGAACGCCUACGACUGCGUGUCAAUCGCAUCGGCCGGCACGAAUAUGAAAGCUUGCAGUUGGACAAGGAGCGAUUGCGAGAAGUCUCGACCCCUGUUGGCAUCGUGGUAGUAAGAGGAGACUGUGACCUAGAAACUUGUCGACUCUACAUUGACAGACUGCAGGAGGAUCUGCAUCAGACUCCCUCUGCUGGUCAAAGAGUGCACUAUCAGGAUGAGAGCAGAGGCUUAUCCCGACUUCCUUCUGCACACAGACUCUCAACUAACUGGAGUUUCUUAGACUCCACAUCAGCUGAUCGCUUUUACCUUAUAGAUAAGGCUCAGGACCAUUUGCAUUUUGUGACAGAGAUUUGUCAGGAUGAGGUGUUCAUCCUUGACCACGAGGCACCGGCAGUGAACCAGGCCAGAGUCCCUGAAAUGCCAGAUGUAGUGGUGGAGCCCAGCUUGGGGGUUUCAUUGACACCAGAAGAGCAAGCCUUGCUGACUGCUGCAAGCUCAGGUGACCUGCACAUGUUGUCCAGCUCGUGCAGUAGUGGUCUCAGCUUGUUGGUUAGGGACACAGAAGGUCACUCUGCUCUGCACUUCGCCUCCCAGAAUGGCCACACUGACAUCGUGAGCUUCAUUCUGCAAAAUGUUUCAAAGUUGAUCCUGGAUCUAACUGACAAAGAGACAGGAGACACAGCUCUGCACAAAGCUGCAUGUCAGAGACGUCAUGAGGUGUGCAGAUUGUUGCUAGAAGCCGGGGCUUCCCCCAACAAAACCAACUUUGUGGGGAAAACUCCCAAAGACUGUGCUCGGGAAGCUGGAGACUCUGAUUUGGCCUCCUAUCUGGAGAGCAUGGAGUCCGAACAGCCAGCCACACGUGAGGAUUUAGAGACCGCUGUGUGAAGAAACAAUAGGAAACUUGGUUCCUUCCAAAGACCCCGGCUUUCACAGCUCAUGAAAGUAUCGGAGUCCACUUUCUCACACGUAAAGAGACAGAGAAAGGGAAAAUGAGAAAGAGAGGUGAGAAGGUCACAGCAAUGACCUAAAGGAGCCUCAGAGAGACACAGAUGGUAGUCCUUUCUAGAGCAGAAACCCUGAAGAAGAGACAGAAAGGUUGUUGGUGCUUCCAGGGGAUCACUGUGGGUUUAGAAUGGUUUUGGGCAGAUUUGCAUUGGUAUUUAUUUAUUGCUUAUUUAUUGAUUUAUUUAUUGAAAGACUGAUUGUACUUAUCUAAAGAGACGUUGUUUUCCUCUUGUUAAGCCUGUGUACUGGUAUAUGAGGUGUUAGAUAAAUGCCAUGCAGAAUGCACAGUACAGUUUCCAAAAACAGGGCUGUAGAGGCACUGUGAUGGAGAUAUACAGAGGAACAGCAGGCACAAAAGACACUGCUGCCUAAGCCAGCCACCUCUCCCGCACACCAUGUGUAUGUGUAGUUGCAUAUUUUCAUCCAUAAUCACAACUGUACUACCAACCCAGGCAGGCAAAGGCCACAAGCUUCCUCUCAUGCAGGAAGAGAUUGCCAUCAUUUUUUCUUCUCUUAACCACCAGUCAUGUCCCAGUGGCACUAACUGUCAGUAUGCUUAAUUAAGAACACACACUCAUUUCCUGAAUCAGGAGGAGUAUGCUGUUCUACGAACUAAGCUCCUACUGCCUGAACCUAACACACCUCCUGUUAUUUCUAUUGUAACAUAGACAGAUGAUUGAAACUUGGAGUUGACAUUAUGUGCCUCUUAUUCAAGAAAUGUCUCCUUUAUUUGGCUCAGCUGGGAAGGUGGGUGACUCCCGUCCAAAAUGUUUCCAUAUCAGAACAAGUGAAGGUUGUAGAAAGUCAUCCAGUGUGGAAAACCUGUUUACGUUAUCUGUGUACAUACAGUACAUAGUGUUUAACUAUAUUCUGACAUCCGUUCUGUUCAUUUUUCUUUUGCGUGCAGUGACGGUGAUUGUGAAUUAUUAUGACAGUAGAUUAUCUUACAAAACAAAACAUCAUAAUCUGAGCCAUAUUCAAUGCAAUAUGAAUGGAUGACAUGUGCAUUAAACUCUUUAUUUUUACAUUACAUUAAUGUUACUAGAUGAAUGGUUAUCUAAGGCACCUACAAGCUAAGUGAUGGGACAUUUCAUUUCUUUAUUAGUCAUGGUAGAGGAUUUGUCUCGCUGUGUCAGUCCCUACAACCUUUUUCAGUUCAUUUUCUUAGCACUCCAACAUUCUGUUUCAAAUUGUGGCAAAAUGACAAAACCAGGAGUAGCAAGGUUCAGUCCGACAAAAGCAGCAUGUGUGCAUCUUCUGAUUGAAAAUCAUGAAACAGUAGCUUUUGAUGUUUGUUUUGGUAAAAAAAAAAUGGCAAAAAUAAUAGUGGCCACAUCCUGUUGCAUUAAAAACAAUGCAAGUUCAAAAAUAAAGCAUUUGCAUGAAAAUUGUCAUGAUGGAAACUUGUUACACCUGCUGUGAGAGUGGUUUAUAUAUUACUGAUCUGCUGUGUUUUGUAUUAUUUGUGAUUUUAUUGUGCAUGAGAUUUUGUUACCAGGAUAAUUCUGCUCAGUUAUGAGGUUAUAA